AACACCGAGCACGAAUGAAAAUUUGGGUUGCGUAACCGAAAAUCAUGGCAAGCAGAGGCAAAACAAUAAUCUGUCUUCUCCGAAACGAUUUACGAAUUCAUGACAAUGAGGUGCUCCAGUGGGCCAACAGAAAUGCUGAUUUUGUCCUGCCUAUGUACGUAUUUGACCCCCGUCAUUUUGGAGGUACCUACCAUUUUGGGUUUCCGAAGACAGGACCCCACAGGACUAAAAUGUUGAUAGAGAGUGUGCAGGACCUCAGAAAGAAUCUCAAAUUAAAGGGCAGUGGCCUUGCUGUGAGAAGAGGGAAACCAGAGGAGGAGCUUAAGAAAAUGAUUGACACUUUGGGUCAAAGUUCAAUUCAGGCCAUUGCGUUCCAUCAGGAGGUUACUCAAGAGGAAGUAGAUGUUGAGAAGUCCAUCAAGAAAUGUUGUGGUGUGAACAUUCAAACAUUCUGGGGUCACACUCUGUAUCACAAAGAUGAUCUCCCUUUCUCACCUGCCCAAACACCAGAUGUGUACACACAGUUCAGGAAGCGGGUGGAAGCCCAGGCACCAGUCAGGAAAUGUCUCAACAUGCCGGAGUCUUUCAAGCCUUUGCCAGAAGGGAUGGAGGAGGGGGAUAUCCCCACAAAUAAAGAUCUGGGGGUGGAAGAUUCAUCACCGGACCACCGGUCAGUGGUGGACUUUCAUGGAGGAGAAUCUGUUGCCCUAGAGAGACUCCACCACUAUCUGUGGGACACCGAUGCUAUCGCCACCUACAAAGAAACCAGGAAUGGCAUGCUAGGGGCAGACUACUCUACAAAAUUCUCAGUUUGGCUUGCUUUUGGAUCACUGUCUCCACGUCAGAUUUACUGGGAGGUGAAGCGGUACGAGAAUGAGAGAACAGCCAACCAGUCAACAUACUGGGUACUCUUUGAACUCAUCUGGAGGGACUAUUUCAGAUAUGUAGCCAUGAAGUAUGGAAAUCAGAUCUUUUUUGAAGGAGGUAUCCAAAAUAAGAACAUUAGAUGGAAACAGGACAAGCACCUGUUCAAUGCUUGGAAAGAGGGAAGAACUGGUGUGCCAUUUGUUGAUGCCAACAUGAGGGAGAUGGCAGCCACUGGUUUCAUGUCUAACAGAGGAAGACAGAAUGUUGCCAGUUUUCUGACGAAGGACCUGAGAUUAGAUUGGCGUUUGGGUGCAGAGUGGUUCGAGUCAAUGCUGAUUGACCAUGAUGUGUGCAGUAACUAUGGUAAUUGGUUAUACAGUGCUGGAAUAGGAAACGACCCCAGAGAGGAUAGGAAAUUUAACGUUGUCAAACAGGGUUUUGAUUAUGACAGCGAGGGUGAUUAUGUAAGGAUGUGGGUACCUGAACUAAAGAACGUCCAUGGAGGAUCAGUCCACAUUGUGUGGACACUAAGUAGGGGGACACUUGAGAAGGCAGGGGUGACCCUAGGGGAGACCUACCCUAAUCCUGUCCAUGUAGCCCCAGAAUGGAGUCGCCAUUAUAACAAGGCUUCAGGAAGUGCAAAGUCAAGAGGAUCUCCACCAAAGCAACAGAAAGGCAUAGACUUUUAUUUCAAAGGACAGCACAAGAGCCCAAUGGCAGAGGAGUCUCUUUCAGAGAGACAGGAAUUUGAACUUCAGGCAUUACAGGCGAUAUUCACUGGUGAUGUGGUGGAUCUAAGAGAAAAGGAUGCUUGGAAGGUUGCCAGGCCUCCUGAGAUUCAGAUUACCAUUAAGCCACAGGAGAGCAUAGGACAGCAAGAGGAAACCCAUGUUCAGGUCGAUCUGCUUGUUAAAUGUCCUCCAAGAUAUCCAGAAGAGGUUCCUGAAUUAAGUUUCACCAAUGCCAAAGGUCUUUCAACAUCCCAGCUAUCCAACCUUAAGUCAGAAAUAGAUGCCAUAGCUAAAGAAAACAAGGGAGAAGAAAUGCUCCUACAAAUAGCCCAGCAUGUGCAGCAGUUUUUACAUGCACACAACAAACCCCAGGCUAAAUCCUUCUAUGAUGAGAUGAUGAUAAACAAGAGGAAACAGGAGGAACAGAGGGAGGAGGAACAAAGGAAAGAACUAGAGAAGCUGAGGAGGAAAGAGGAAAAGGAGCUACAAACACUUGAGAUAGAAAUCCAGCGGAGGAAAGAAGCUCUAAAGGAAGAGAAUAAGAAGAGAAAAGAAGAAAUAAAACAAGUUGAGGAGAGGCCCCUGUCUGUGCCUCCCUCCCCCACAUCAGAUUCUGUGCCAAAUAUUUCCCCUGUGGGAACCCCAGGAAAGAUCUCCCGCCCCCGGACCUCUGUCUCCCCCUCCCCCCUCAUUGUCCAUGCCAACAAUGAACUGAGAGACAGCAAACCAAGGAGACAAAGGAGGACCAGUACUCCUUGCAGACAGUCCCCAGAUGAUCAUGUCUGUCAGGAUCACACGGGGGGCAUUGUAGUCCUGGCAUUUAACACCAAGGGGGAGAGAACUGUACACAGGGGCACCUGUCUGGGGCAUGGAUCCUCUGGAAACACAGUGUAUGUUGGAAUAGACACAACAUCCGGUGAACUUGUAACGAUAUCAGAGUGGGUUUUAAAAUGGCGACAUUAUGGCCGAAAGAAAAUUCUGAGAAAGGAGGAUGAAGAUGAAGACAAAGAGGGGGCAGCUUGUCUCAAACAGGUGCACAGUAUUGAACAAGAGUUAUUAUCCCUGAUCCGCUUACACCACCCUAACCUUGUUCAUUACCUCGCCAUCAAAUAUCAACAAGAUCCAGGGAAAAUCACAGUCUUUUUAUUGAUGGAGUACUGCAGUGGGAGCAGUUUAUCUGUCAACAUCCGGAGAAAACGUCCGAUCCACGUCGCUCAUUUGAGGCAUCAUACAGAGGAAAUUCUGGAGGCAUUAGCAUGUCUACACAACAAAGACGUGGUCCACAAAAGUCUCAGGGCUUCCAGUAUCUUUUUGGAUGCCACAGGCAAAAUCCGAGUUGCUGACUACAGUAUUGAAAGAAGGUUAUCGGAUUUGUUUUACACUUUGGAGCAGUCCAGACCAGGCGUCCACUUUGAUGACCACAGAACUGUCCAGGGCCGGGCCACCAAGAAGGGGGAUGUCUACAGUCUGGGUAUAGUUUUGCUGUCACUUGCCCUUGGAGAAGAAGUAGAGGGGUCAGACCUAGAAAUACCUUCUCAUUUCCCAGCAUCUUUCCAGGACUUCCUCAACAAAUGUCUAAUUAAGGAUGAUAAGACGCGCUGGUCUGUUCACCAGUUACUGGACCAUAGCUUUAUCAAAACAGCUCUCCCAAUCAGUCUGCCAAUCUCAAAACCGGAAACAAAAGAGGAGGUCCACUCACAAGAUGAUGAUUCCUCUGAUGAGGAGCAGCCGUUGAUCACGCCAUACGAGGCCAGCGGUCAGUCUCGUCUGACCAACGAGUUCGAGAUUCUCAAGUCUCUCGGCAAGGGAGGAUUCGGUGACGUCAUCAAGGUCAGGAAUAAAUUGGAUAGAAGAUUUUAUGCCAUCAAAAGAAUUCCAUUAAACCCAAAGAGUAAACAGUUCAAUAAGAAAAUUACAAGAGAAGUCAAACUGUUGUCAAGGCUCAACCAUGAGAAUGUAGUAAGAUACUUUAAUUCCUGGAUCGAGCUCAGUGAUGACCCCGCCCACAGCGAGAGUUCCAGUUCCGUCAGUACUACCCCUAGAUCCACCCCUAAAACCCCCGACAAACUGCACAACAGCCUGGACCUGACAGAUAAUGCAGAGAGACUGGCUCCAGAGACCGUGGAGGACUCGGUGGAGUGGAGCAGGUCAUACUCCGCGAUCGUCAACCCGGGCUGGGACUCGGAGGAGGAUGAGGAAGACGAGGCUGACGUUGAUGGCGGGAUAAAAAAUGACAAGGAAGGAGACGAAUCAGCUCUCAACCCUAAACUUCAUUAUCUCUACAUUCAGAUGGAGUACUGUGAGAAGAGCACCCUGAGGAACUGUAUAGAUGCUGGUCUGUAUCAGGACAUGAAUCGCGUGUGGAGACUCUUCAGGGAGAUCAUCGAGGGGCUGACUCACAUCCACGAACAAGGAAUGAUUCACAGAGAUCUUAAGCCUGUCAACAUUUUCUUGGAUUCCAAUGACCAAGUGAAAAUUGGAGACUUUGGUCUUGCAACUACCAGUAUUAUAAACAAGAGUAACAUUCUAGACGUGAAGAUGUUGACCCUGAGUGCUACUGAGGAGACGUUCGAAUCGUACUCGGAGACCACGGGGGACGGGAGCUUGACGGGGAAAGUGGGCACCGCCCUAUACGUCAGUCCCGAGAUGAUGACCGGGGCCAGUAAAAUCGUCUACAGUCAGAAAGUAGAUCUGUACAGUUUAGGGAUCAUCUUCUUUGAAAUGUGCUACAAGCCACUGGCCACAGGAAUGGAGAGAGUGAAAAUCCUGGGGAACCUAAGGCUGCCAGAAAUCAAAUUCCCUGAAGACUUUAAUCAGUAUGAAAUGCAGAAUCAAACACGUAUAAUAAAGUGGCUGUUGAACCAUGACCCGACAAAGAGAGCCUCCACAAAAGAGCUGUUACAGUCAGAAUACCUACCCCCUCCACAAAUGGAGGAAGAGGAACUGGAUGAAAUUCUUAGAUCCACCAUCGCGGAUCCUCUCAGUAAGGCCUACAGACACAUGCUUACAGCCCUGUUCUCCCAGACUGUCAAUGCUGCCGAUGAUCUGCUGUUUGACAGUGAAUUUUUCAAGAGUAAAUUCACGAUCAACCUCUCGCUGGUUCAGGAGUUAGUUCAGGAUACACUGGUCAGGAUCUUCCAGCAUCACGGAGCGGUGAAAGUGACCACCCCCCUCCUAAUGCCCAAGUGUGACUUGUAUGCUAAAUCUGAUCAGUACACACGAUUCAUGGACCACUGUGGUCACCUUGUAUCACUGCCAUUUGAUCUCAGGAUUCCGUUUGUCAGAUAUGUUGCUCGUCACAGUUGCAGUAAUGUCAAGAGAUAUUGUAUAGAGAGAGUUUUCAGGGAGAAAAAAGUCUACGGUCAGCAUCCAAGGGAGUUAACUGAAUGUGUCUUUGAUAUAGUCACCCCAAACCUGGGCAGCCUCAUCCCUGAUGCUGAGGUGGUGCUUCUUGUACAAGAAAUUAUUUUUGAAUUUCCAGUUUUACAGCAAAGAAAUUACUACAUAAAAGUCAACCAUGUGAUGAUACUACAUGCCAUUUUACAACAUUGUGGUGUACCAGGGGACCAGUUUACAGACGUCCUUCACAUUCUCUCAGGGGUCAAGAUGCUCAGUCAUCAUAAAAACAUAUCCAAACCUCUGACCUCCCUUGGUCUCAGUGACCAAACCGUGUCUUCACUGCUGGGAAUCUUAGAAAUGGAGGGAACUUACGGCAAAGUGGCCAGCUACUUAAGAUGUAUAACCAAAACCAGAGGGGAGGCUGCAACAAAAGCCAAGCAAGGUCUACAUGAGUUGGAGAUAAUUCUGAGUAAUCUGGACACGCUAGGCCUUAAGCUUCCAGUAAUAGUGUCUCUGGGAUUUGUUUACAAUACACAUCAGUUCUCAGGAAUGAUAUUCCAAAUCAUGGUGGACAAUAAAAAGAAAAAGCACCACUCACCAGACAUCUUAGCUGCUGGCGGUCGCUAUGACAACUUGAUCAAACAAUUUUAUUCUCCACUAUCCCAACCUGUAUCAGAGACCUCUCUUCACGGAGUUGGUGUCAGCAUAGCGUUUGAAAAGAUUGUCACAGCAGUACUGGAAUCUAGAGAGACGAAUCCUCCUAGCGCCUAUGACAUUUUGGUGUGUACUACUUUUGGACACAAGCCCAUGCUGAAGGAGAGAAUGACCAUUGUAAGAGAUCUGUGGGCAGCAGGACUCAGGGCCGAAAUCUACCUAGAUAGCAUGCAGGCACAAGAAGACAUACAGGACUUCUGUCGCAGUAAUGGAGUAGCCUUUAUGGUCACCUUGCAGGAGGGGGAUACUACAAUCAAGGUGAGAUCAAUAGAAAAGGACAAAAUUACGGAGAAGAAACUGACAGCAAAUAGUCAAGUGGUGGAUUUCCUACAACAGAAGUUGCAGGCAUCAUCUAAAAAAGAGCAGUCAGAACCAAACCAGGGCACCCCUUGUAAGAAUAUAGCAGUCCUGAAUUAUCCUGAGGCCAACACGUCUAACUACAGCAGCAACAUGCUCAUCAACUUCAACUUUGUCAUCGAGAACGGAAAACUGGCCACAAAAUCCAGAUAUAAAUAUGAAUCUCAGAUAUUUGCCAAAGUGAGUUCUUCCUUUCCCUGGUUGCCCAAAAAAUCCAUAGAAGUAAUUGCUAUGGAACUGACAGCACCAGUGCUGAAGUGCAUUGUGGCAUUCUUAGAGGUGAAUGGCACGGAACAAGAGUUUGAGGACAGCAUAGGACUGGUGAUAGAUAAGUAAGAGAAAU